AUGAGCAGUGACGAGGUAUCUCGUAUGUUUUUACCUCAACGCAAGACGGUACAGAGAAGCGCCUCAUCUUCGUCACUGUCGUCCACCAGUUCAUCUGGAUCCACGAUCACCUUGACGCAGAACGAUAUCUCAUCAGAUCCCGCUUCUGGGCCGAAGAAAAAGCCAAGAGGGGGUUUUUGGCAAGUGUCGAAGUCGGAAUCAACAGCCAGUGUUUCUAAUGCUCGUGCAAAUGGAUCUCUUCAAACAGCUGUUGGCAAUUUGUUGGUAGGGAAGAACCCAGUUCAGCCAGCGCUACCCAGCCAGAGUCCUAACCCUCAAUCGAACGGAACACGGGUAGUCAACGGAGUGACAGGCGGAGAGUCUGCUGCGAUACUGGCUUUGCUACCUAUGAAUGGCACCUUCGAAAGAAAACAAAUUAGCCUCCCGUUCUAUCCUGAAGUGCUCCGGAUUGGACGACAGACCAACGCCAAAACGGUACCGACGCCGGUGAAUGGAUAUUUCGACUCUAAAGUUCUCUCACGACAACACGCCGAAGUAUGGGCGGACCGCAGUGGGAAAGUCUUCAUUCGGGAUGUAAAGUCCUCGAACGGCACUUUCGUCAACGGUCAACGCCUGUCUCCAGAAAACCGCGAAUCCGAACCGCAUGAGCUCCGGCAACACGACACGCUGGAACUGGGUAUUGAUAUAGUGUCUGAAGACCAGAAAACCAUCGUUCAUCAUAAAGUGUCAGCCAAGGUCGAAUAUGUCGGGUUACCUGGUUCGACUAACAACGUGCUCGACCUCAGCUUCGGCGACCUUGACCCGUCACACGGUGGUUCUCUGUUACCAUCGCCUGUAAGUUCACCUAUGCUUCACAGUCGGAGUGGCCCUGGUCGCCCGGUCAAUGGACGGACUUCGAGUACUUCAACUAUCGCCGGAAGUCAGAUGAGCUCAAUAGCGCAACAACGGAUGAACAUGUGGGGUGCAACACCGCUAAAUGUCGAGCAGCUUGUAAAGACACUGUCGAUCGAAAUGCGGGCAGCGAAGGACCAGGCUGAAGAACUUGAGCAGGCGGGAGCGUUUCUGAACUCACUAUUGACGCCUGGAGCAGAACCAUCAAAACCACAGGCUACGUCGAAGGAAGCCGCCUCCCACAGACAGAUAGCUGGCAGAGUAAAAGUACCAAAGAUGGAGCACGUUACGCGGUUUGCCGACCCUCCUGCACCACCGCCACAACAACCACUGCCAGAGAAGCCAGACGCUUCCAAAGCAAGUCCCGUCGCGACCUCAUUCACGAAUCUCCUCAAACGUGGCGAGACUGCCAAGCCACCGAAGAACGAAUCUCAUUCCCCAACCAACCCGCAGAACAGCCAGAUGCUUUCCCUAAUUGAAGCCCUAUCGAUUGCGAAGAAGGAGCUUGAUUCUCAGGGCGCAAGAGUCAAGCAAUUGGAGGAUAUGCUCAAGCAGGAACGGUCGGCUCGAGAGGAUGCGGAGGAAAGGGCACGAAGGUUGGAACAACAUGCCGCGUCGCGACCGGUCUCAGUGGUGGAAGAGGCGCUGGAAACCCCCACGCAGGCACAAAAACCUGGCUCUAACGAGCAACAAUCGAUCCUUGACAGUGAUGGCGAGCUCGACGCGAAAACGAAGCAUCUCCAGCAGAAUCUCGACCAAGUCCUGGGAGAGAUGCAAAGGCUGAAGUCGGACGUUGACAAGUUCCAGCGACGGGCAGAAACAGCUGAGAACGACGCCGCGCAUGCGAGAACGAGUCUGGCGGAGAUGAUUGACAAGAUCCGCGUGGAAAACGAAAAGGCAGAGUCCUUACCAAAACAGCUCCAUGAACGACGGGAUGACAGGGGUUUUGAGGCGGAGGCUGCAGCAGAGCCUAGCGAGUCGACCGUGAUGUCCGCGGUCAAGUCAAGACCACAGGCGAAUGGCCACAUCCGAUCACCCAUGCUGCCUGAGCACCUUGAGCGGGCCGUCGCGACUGUUUUACGAGACAGAAGCAGCAACGCGGACUCCAUUGCCCAGUCAGCACCCUAUGUCUCAAUGCUCGGAGUGGUGCUGAUAGGGGUCGGGCUCAUGGCAUAUCUUAACUCAUGGCAGAAGUCAGAGAGAUGA